AUGUCCAAACCAGUCUACCCUAAAAUGCUGUCACAGCUCACAAAGAGAUCCUCUGCUGGGUUCCUGAAAAGGAACUCUGCAUUCCAAGUCGCCACUGUCAGAUAUCAAUCAAAUAAAACAGCGUCAUCAGAUGAGAAGGCCAAAGCUGAAGUUGCUGCUAAGGUUGCCAAACAAAAACAAUCAGAUAAAUACAAUGCCAUGAGUAAUCAAAACCUUAUAGCACAACAUCCUAAAGCUCCUGCUAAACCAACUGCUGAAGCAAAGAAGAGUAAAAAAGUCAAAGUCAAUUAUUCAGCAAUCCCAAAAGUCCCAAGUACAAAAUUCUUUACAUAUCAAGAAAUCGCAUUUGACCAUCUUAUGAAUGGACAUAGACCAUUAUUAGUGUUCCACCGCAAGAAUGAACAACUAUCUGCAUUAGAAGAUUUUUUCAAAGCUCCAAGUGUUUGGUCUCAAAGUGCCACAGGAACUCAAAAGCUGGAAGACUCAUGGGAUCAAGUGCCAUAUGAGACUACACAAGAUCUGAAACCAUUCACCCCACCACCAUCACCAAAAGAAAAAGAACAGUUAAAAGUGAAAGAAACUGAAGAACAUUUAGAAGGAUUUAUCAACUCAUUGGAUAGUAAAACUGGCUCUAAAAACUCAUCAAAAUCUUCAUCUACCAUAUCUAAAAGAAAAACAAGAGGAAGAUAUAGACCUUCUUAUGAUUUUGAUUUCAACAGUCAGGACUUUUAA